AUGCCUAUCAUCCACAAACGAUACUUCAGUAUCCUCUUAGCAGCUUCCAUAUUGGCUGGCAUACUUAGGCCUCACUACUGAUUCCAGAUUCUCUCUCCUUACCUCAAAGCAUGAUAAAUUAGCACACUUUAUAGUCUUUAGCCUGGAAUCUUGGCUAUUCACGAAGUCAAUAGGUGUAAGGGUAAUCAAAUUUGAGAGUCGGUCCCGCUUUGCACUAGUGCCGCUCGCUAUAGACAAGUAUUUUCUGGCCUUGAUAGUUUGUACAGGCUUUGCUGGGAUCGGAAGUGAAUUCGCACAGUCCGUGCUUUCUCGAGGGCAACGUAGUUUCGACGUUUGGGACAUUGCAUGCAACGUUUGUGGUUCGCUAGCCGGGAUCUCAGUGGCUUACUACUUAGAUUUGUGA